UUCAAUUGAUGUCUAGCAGCAUGGAUGACUUGGAGAAGUGGCCAGAAAUAGAAAAAGCAGCGACAGGAAAAAGACGUGAAUUAGUUUUGCAAGGUUCAGCCGUCGACAAACGAAUUUCCUCAAGCGGAGGACUCAGUCCUGCUAUCUUUAGUCUCUCUCUGCUGAAUUAUCUGGAGGUUAGCCAGUGUCCAAGUUUGACUGAGAUCCAUGAGGACAUCCAGCAUCUGACAAACCUUCAAAGUCUCAUCCUUUGCAGGAACAAGCUCGCCUCCGUCCCGAAUGUCGUAGGAAGCCUUAAGUCCCUGAAGGUCCUGGACCUUUCAGUCAACAGUCUCAGGGUUUUACCCGAGGGAAUCACUGAGCUAAAGGAGCUAACCACUCUCAAUGUGAGCUGUAACAGCUUGGAGUUCCUACCAGAGGGACUUAGCCAGUGCACCAAGCUCUCCAACAUCAACAUCUCCAAGAAUAACAUCACGGGAUUCCCUUCUGAUUUCUACUCCGAACGACUGGAUCUCCUCAGCACUCUGGUUGCCUCUGAUAACUCCAUUAAACAACUGAGUGGAGACAUUCAAAAGCUUGCUGCCCUUAAGGUGCUAGAUCUCUCAAACAACAAGCUGAGUGAUAUCCCCUUUGAUCUGAGCGACUGUCCAAAGCUGAAGGAGGUCAAUUUCAAGGGCAACAAAUUAAAUGACAAACGCCUGGAGAAGAUGGUCAACGGCUGUCAGACCAAGUCCAUCCUUGACUACCUGAGGGUAAAAGGAAGACAGGGAGAGGAUGGAGGAGACAGAGACAAGGGACGCAGCUCAGACAAAGGGAAAAGGCAGCAGAAGAAGAAGAAGGAAAAAGCGACAGACGAACAAGAUGAGGUGGAGGAAUUGAACAAGAUGGUGGUAAGGGUUCUCCAUUUUUCAGAUACCCCUGCAGCGCUCACAGUCAAAGUGAGUGCAGAGGUGAAAGAUGUCCGACCAUACUUGGUGUGCUGCGUGGUCAGAGGCAUGAACCUGAAGCCUGGGAAUGCUCUCAAACGAUUCUUGGUGGCUCAGACCAAGCUUCAUGAUGACUUGUGUGGUAGAAGGACUAUUGCAACCAUUGCAACUCAUGACAUGCAGCUUCUCAAAGCUCCACUGAUUUAUGAUGUCAAACCACCUACCCAGCUAAAGGUUACACCUCUAGGCCGGAGGGAGAUGACUGCUGUUGAGCUGAUUAGACAUCUUCAGCUGGAGGCUGAUGAGUUAAGAAAGCAGAAGAAGAGGCAGAAUGUCACCGGACUGCAUAAAUACCUGCAGAUUCUGCAAGGAAAGUCUCUCUAUCCCUGCCUAGUGGAUGCAGAGGGACAUGUAAUCUCAUUCCCCCCCAUUACCAACAGUGAGAAAACCAAGAUCAAGAAAACAACUAAAGAGUUGUUCUUAGAGGUGACAAGUGAGACCAGUCUGCAGACCUGCAAAGAUGUUAUGGACGCCCUGAUUGUGAAAAUGGCAGAGUUGAACAAGUUUACGGCAGAACAUAAGGAGGAGGCGGGGUCAGAUGGGGAAGAAGAUGGUCCAAAAGAAGCUGCGGCUGGCUGUGAGACCUCCAGCGAACUCAUAGUCCAGCAGGUUCGAACGGUGGACCGGGAUGGGAACCUGAAGGUUGUCUACCCAUCAAAGACUGACCUCUCCAAAGAACUCAGCAACUUGACUGUAAUUUGGUAGUCACUCAGCAGGAAAGCAAUUUUUUUUUACAUUUACCCACACGCUACAUGAAGUAAAACAUCAUUAAGACCAAGGUCUAAUAACAUGCAAUAAAUAUGGCAUCUCUUUACUUCAGGGAGAGAACAUCUGAUUUUUUGUGAUUGAAAAAAACAUCCGCUUUUUGUUUUUGUAUUGACAUAAAGUGUCAUUUGAAUGUUAACAUUUAUUACCAAUGUUGUAAUACUUUUAAUAAAUCUUUGCUGCUACCUGCAA